AAUGCGAGGAGGCAUUCCAGUUCUGUAAAUCCGCCCUAGCUAGUGCAACACUGUUGGUUCAUCCGCCUUAUAAUGCACCAACCAGUAUAACAUCUGAUGCCUCAGAUCUAGCUGUGGGAGCCGUCCUUGAACAAUUUAUCGAUCAUGAGUGCCUCUCCAUCGGCUUCUUUUCUCGCAAGCUACAGCGGGCAAAAACACGCUACAAUACGUUUGACCGAGAGCUGCUAGGCGUUUACUUAGCCAUUCGUCAUUUUCGGUGGUUUAUCGAAGACAAACAAA